AAUUGGGAAUGAAAAGUGUUUUCCCACGCAAGGUUGCGCGCCUCUUGAUUCAAAGUUCAAACAAAACGCAUAGCACAUUUAAUGACAUAUUUGGAUGUAAUUUCUCAGAUUCGUCUUCAGUUUCAGCCUUUCUCUCCCACUCACUCACUCACAGGUAAGCAAUGGCGGGAAAAGGAGGGAAGGGGCUUCUUGCAGCGAAAACCACCGCGGCGAAUAAGGACAAAGACAAGGACAAGAAGAGACCUAUUUCUCGCUCUUCCCGUGCUGGAAUCCAGUUUCCUGUGGGACGUAUCCAUAGGCAGCUGAAACAAAGGGUCCAAGCCAAUGGACGUGUUGGGGCAACAGCUGCAGUGUACUUAGCCUCAAUUCUAGAGUAUCUGACUGCUGAAGUUCUUGAACUUGCUGGGAAUGCAAGCAAGGAUCUGAAGGUGAAGAGGAUCACACCAAGGCAUUUGCAGCUGGCUAUCAGGGGAGAUGAGGAGCUGGACACUCUUAUCAAAGGGACCAUUGCUGGUGGUGGUGUCAUUCCUCACAUUCACAAGUCCUUGAUCAACAAAACCGCCAAGGAUUGAGCUCUCUUUGGCCUUCUGAAUUCAUGUUGCCCUUUACUGAAAACUAAGUUUGUGGUUAUUGUGAAUUGAUCACAGCAGUAGGCUAGUACGAGGAUUUGUUUUAACAGUUUUAGAACUCAGGUGGUAGUGUGUAAAUGGCUUGCUUGCUAGACAAUGCUUUCUUUAACUGUUUUAGUUGGUCUGUUUUUAGAGCUUUAACCAUGUUGGAUUGCUAGACAAUGCUUGCUUUUAGAUACAAUCUGUGAUCUGUUGUUGUCUUUGUUGCCCAUUGACCCCUUCAUAUAUGGUUGUUUUAUUUUAAUCUUUGCAA